CGUCAUCACGUUGACGCCGGAAGCGGAAGUGAACACGUGUGAAGGAAGGGAAUCACCACGCACGCCGAGAGCUCCACGGACUGUCCUCAGUACAACACUUUCAGGAUCAAAGAACACCUUCCUCCUCCUCCUCUUCGUCACGAUGGCCGUCAGAGCUUCGUUUGAGAAAAACAACGAGAUCGGCUGCUUCGCCAAACUCACCAACACGUACUGCCUGGUGGCGGUGGGCGGCUCGGAGAACUUCUACAGCGUGUUCGAGGGGGAGCUGUCAGAAACCAUCCCAGUGGUUCACGCUUCCAUCGCAGGAUGUCGCAUCAUUGGGAGGAUGUGUGUGGGGAACCGCCACGGGCUCCUGGUGCCCAACAACACGACUGACCAGGAGCUGCAGCACAUCAAGAACUGCCUCCCCGACGCGGUGAAGAUCCAGAGGGUGGAGGAGAGGCUGUCGGCGCUCGGCAACGUCAUCGCCUGCAACGACUACGUGGCUCUGGUCCACCCCGACCUGGACCGGGAGACGGAGGAGAUCCUCGCCGACACCCUGAAGGUGGAGGUGUUCCGCCAGACGGUGGCGGAGCAGGUCCUGGUGGGAUCCUACAGCGCCUUCAGCAACCAGGGGGGCCUCGUGCACCCCAAGACCUCCAUCGAGGACCAGGACGAGCUGUCGUCUCUGCUGCAGGUUCCCCUGGUGGCCGGCACGGUGAACCGGGGCAGCGACGUGAUCGCGGGCGGGAUGGUGGUCAACGACUGGUGCGCGUUCUGCGGCCUCGACACCACGAGCACCGAGCUGUCCGUCAUCGAGAGCGUCUUCAGGCUCAGCGACUCGGCGCAGCCGUCCGCCAUCGCCACGAGCAUGAGGGACUCGCUGAUUGACAGCAUGGCGUAAAAAACGCUGCAUCUGCAGUUUCCUGCCGCCGAGGAGUCCCCUGAAGGCCUCACGGCCUCUGGAGCGGCUGUUCCUCGACCUGCAGCCUCAUGUUGUCUUCUUGUUUGGUUUCAUCUUUGUGAAACAUCUGAGAUGAAUCUGAUGUUUGUGUGAAACGGAGAGAAAUGAGACGUUUUCCUACAGAUGUUUAGAAGUCACAUUUAUUUCCGUGAGGCGAAACCCGCCUCGUUUGUUCUUGUGGAUGAAACCAAAAGAAUCAAAAGAACUGUAAACGAUGUUUUCUUGUAAAAUAAAGUCAAUCGCCCUCUUUUUAA